AUGGAGCCUGAAGAACGUGAGAUCAGUCCAUUUAUGGUUGCCUUUGUCAUGACAAUGGUUGAAAUCCGGCUACAUGAGCUGCUGACCGGCAGCAAUACAACUAUCGAGCUCAAGGGAACAACGUGGGUCGAACCAUACCGUCGCCACAUGGACAGCCUUUUCGAGAUGCUUCGUUCGAAACCAGUGUUGUAUCACAAACUCAUGCACAAGCUAUUUACGGAAGUGGGGGGAAGCCAAUAUGCCUCAGCUUCAUUGCAUGAUGAAGUUCUCGCAGAUCUUGACCUCGAAAUCAUGGAGGUGUCAGAUUGA